UGUCAGAUGAAGGGAGACGUUUUCCUUCCUCUUCAAAGUCUUUUUUCCACAUGUACAGCUCCCAAAGUCCUCGCCCUUUGAACAGUGGACAGUCAUUUGAAACUUAACUGAAUGCUGGAAGCAAGUUCUCUUUUUCAGGUCAUCCAAUUUAGGAGAUCCAAUUUCUGCAGAAGAAGACGGAUGGGGGGAGGGAAAAAACAGACUCUACGUCUUUAGAUCCUUCUACCUUCUAUCCACAACCUGCCACGCAAAUAGAGCCAAGUCAGGGAUUUUUGCUUUGAACCACCAACCACCACCACUACUUUGUCACUCACGCCCGAUAAACACGCCCCUCUGGUCCUACUCUUGGCCAAUGGCGGCUACCCUUCUUGCAUAGUAAUGAGCUCGAGACCUCCCCCGGCCAAUGACGCUCCGGGAGAAGGGUUAGUUUUGCAUGUACCUAAGUGAUUUGCAUAACCCAGUGGCUGGGGGCUUGGGAACCCGAGCGUGCAACCCUAGAAGGGAAAAGGACGGGAGGAGAUUGAGCCGCGGCGGCGAACGAGCGAGAAAGAGUCCGGGUGUUUGUGCGAGAGCCGCGCGGGGGCUGGGGCGAGGGGCCGGCAUGGCUGAAGGCUGCGCUCCGCAAUCUUGAAGAGCGGCUGCAGCGGGAGGCCGGGAACCGGGAGGCGGGUGCGAUGGCAGAGCGCGAUCUCCGUAGCUGCGCCCGGCCGGCCCGGCUGGCCUGAGCCGCCAGAGGAGCGGGGCUGCCUCUGCGCUUCCAUGGAGCAGCGGGAAGGGAGAAAAUCCGGAGCGCCGCGUCCCUGCGCUGCUGCCGCGAACUGUUGAAGGGGCCGAGCCCGUGCGACUGCCGAGAGAGGAGAGCCCCGGCCCCAGCCCGCAGGCCGGCUGCCCAGGGGCGGCGGAGGGCAGCGGAGACGCGCCGAGCGAGCGGCGCCGCGGGAAAGGCCGGCGCGGGAGUCGGCCGCAGCAAUGCCGGGCCCGCUGGGGCUGCUCUGCUUCUUCGCCCUGGGGCUGCGCGGCUCGGCCGAGCCCAGCGUCGCUGCUCCGCCUCUCUGCGCGGCGCCCUGCAGCUGCGACGGCGACCGUCGGGUGGACUGCUCCGGGAAGGGGCUGACGGCCGUGCCCGAGGGGCUCAGCGCCUUCACCCAAGCGCUGGAUAUCAGCAUGAACAACAUUACUCAAUUACCAGAAGAUGCAUUUAAGAACUUCCCUUUCCUGGAGGAGCU